UGCGGUGUUUUGAGGAAAGGACAUCGGCUGUUUUAAAAAAAAAUCUAAUCGUUUAGGAAAUAUAAUAGCGAAUAUUUACAGUGAAUGUUAGUGCGUUUAGGUAUUUUUUAUUUUCGCCGGGGUAAAAGUAGUCGCAAGAAGCAGUUGCAAGCAUGAAAGGCAAGGAACGGUCGCCUGUGAAAAAGCGCUCACGGGCCGUGGAUGACAUUCGAGACAGGGGAGGAAGCCACCCAACCAGCAAGAAAAUGGGGGCUCUUUCGGUGUCUGGUGGCAGCAACAACGGGAACAGCUCGACCAAAAGCGACGGUGGCUCGGCUAGGAGGAGUUUACUCGCGGAAAAACGAGAAAGUCGGGACUUCGAUGGUCAUGUUUCCAGUCGUACUGGGAGUAACCAUGGCUACAGCAACGUUGCUGCCAGCUCCAGCAGCAAGAAUCACACAAACCUAACACUCGAACUCGCCACUACAAGGACCAAUGCGCGGGUGGAACCGCGGCCUUCGCUCCCAACUAACGAAAGUGAGUACAAGACGCUUAAAAUUAGUGAGUUGGGCUCACAGUUGAGCGACGAGGAAAUAGAAGACGGACUUUUUCACGAAUUCAAAAAAUUUGGAGACGUGAGUGUUAAAAUAAGCCGGAUUGGUGACGAGAGGGUGGCGUUCGUGAACUUUAGGCGACCGGAAGAUGCCAGGGCAGCUAAACACGCCAGGGGGAGAUUAGUGCUUUAUGAUCGACCUUUAAAAAUCGAAGCCGUGUACAUGAAUAGGAGGAGAAGUCGCUCUCCCAUUGAAAAGGACACUUAUGCAACAGUGGCAGGGCACAGACAUUUGCAUACCCAGCGACCUUUGUCCCCUACCGGCCUGGGAUACAGAGACUACAGGCUGCAGCAAUUAGCCUUGGGUCGCCUUCCCCCACCCCCACCACCACCCUUGCCUAGAGACCUGGAGAGGGAAAGGGAAUAUGCUUUUUAUGAAGCUAGGGCACGUCCCGCUUACAUUGCUGAGCGAGCUGCUUUUCGGGAAGAGGACCUCAUCUCCCCAGAAGAUGACCAGAGAGCCAACAGGACAUUGUUCCUGGGCAAUCUGGACAUUACCGUCACAGAGAAUGAUCUGCGCAGGGCAUUUGACAGGUUUGGCGUGAUUACUGAGGUGGACAUCAAGCGCCCCAGCCGAGGGCAGACCAGCACUUACGGAUUCCUUAAGUUUGAGAACUUGGACAUGGCACACAGAGCCAAAAUCAGCAUGUCUGGCAAAGUGGUCUGCCGCAACCCCAUCAAGAUCGGUUACGGCAAGGCCACGCCCACCACGCGCCUCUGGGUGGGCGGUCUGGGGCCUUGGGUGCCCCUCGCUGCGCUGGCGAGGGAGUUCGACCGGUUCGGCACCAUAAGGACUAUUGACUACAGGAAAGGGGACACCUGGGCCUACAUCCAGUACGAGAGCCUGGACGCUGCUCAGGCGGCCUGCACCCACAUGAGGGGCUUCCCCCUGGGGGGCCCGGAGCGCCGGCUCAGGGUGGACUUCGCGGACACGGAGCACCGCUACCAGCAGCAGUACCUGCAGCCCUUGCCGCUGCCCCACUACGACCUCGUGGCCGAGUCCUUCGUCCACCGCGCCGCUCCCGACGUGCUGCGGGUCAGAGAGAGGACUCCGCCGCCCCUGCAUUUCCGGGAGAGGGAGCUGUACCCAGCGGCAGAGUGGGCGGCCCCGGCGGUCCGGGAGAGGGUGAGGGCGGCGGCGGCGGCCGCGGCCGCUUUCGAGCCCCUGGAGCACCUGGAGCGGGAGCGGCGGCCCCGAGAGGCCUGGUCCCUGGAGAGGGAGCGCGAGCUGCAGAACCGCGACCAGACCCGCAAGCGCCGGCUACUGGAGGACAGCCGGCACCUGGAGCGCUCGCCCGACAGCAGCGAGCGCGCCCGCCGCCGCCACUGCCCCUCCCUGGAGCGCAGCCCCGGGGGCAGCAGCAGGGACGGGGGCCGCUACAGCGACUCGGAGAGACCCCUGCGGGCGGAGCGGCCCUCCCCAGCCAGGGAGCGGCACGCCAGCCUGGACCGGGCCCCGGCGGAGAAGAGGAUGAAGACCCUUGCCGGUGCGGAGGCCGCGGCCGGGCUCGGCGGGGCGGCCAGCGCCGAGCGAGAGCGCAAACGCAAGGUCAGCGAGACCUGCAAGAGCCCUGCCAAGAAGGAGGAGCGCUUCGACACGGGGGCCUCCAAGGGUGGGCAGCUGGCCAAGCAGGACGGUGCGGGGCAGAAGCUGAGCCUGGCCUGGCAGGGCAUGUUGCUGCUGAAGAACAGUAACUUUCCCUCCAACAUGCACCUCCUGGAGGGGGACCUGGGCGUGGCCACCAGCCUGCUGAUCGACGGCUCCACGGGGGGGAAGGUGGCCCAGCUGAAAAUCACCCAGCGCCUGCGCCUGGAUCAGCCCAAGCUGGACGAGGUGACGCGGCGCAUCAAGGUGGCGGGCCCCAGCGGCUACUCCGUCCUCCUGGCCGUCCCGGGCAGCUCCGAGGGGGGAUCGUCUGCGUCGGACCAGGCCGCCUCCACCCAGCGACCGCUGAGGAACCUGGUCUCCUACCUGAAGCAGAAACAAGCAGCGGGGGUCAUUAGCCUCCCCGUGGGCGGCAGCCGCGACAAAGACAACGCUGGAGUCCUCCACGCCUUCCCGCCCUGUGAUUUCUCCCAACAGUUCUUGGAUUCCUCUGCAAAAGCCCUCGCCAAAACGGAAGAGGACUACCUGGUCAUGAUCAUUGUCCGAGGAGCAUCUUAAAAUGUAAAACAAAGGAAGAAAAAAAAAAAAAAAAAAAUCUACGAGAAAGAAAAAAAAGUAUUGUAAUUUAUCAACAACAUUGCAUGUGUUAUUUUCUGCAUUAUGGGAUAUAGCAAUCGUAUAUGUCCAGAUAAGUCCCUCUCUUGUCCACCAAAAAGAAGUUGCAUACCGAAAGGAUCUUAGUGUAGCUAUUUUGGCACCCUCUUGUAAAAAGGUUCCGAUUUGUCAAAAUGCUUUGUCCUGGGAUCAUUUGCUUCUGUGUGAUUUGGUUGUACACCCACAUAUUGUAUGGUCAGAUUUACUUGUUAAAGGAAGGCAUUACAAAGGCAGCUAAAUUGGGAGGGAGUGACCGUUCAUGUAAAAGCAGAAUGAAAUUCUAAAUAGCCAGUAAACUUCUUUCUUUUUGGUUUUGCUUCAUUUAAAUGUAAUAAUUGCAAUUUCUACCCCAAAUUCAAUAGUUUAAUCUUUCUAUGAAAUUGCACAAAUUCAACUUUGGGCAUAUACUUAAUAUCUGAAUCUUUGAAUCUGCUAGACAAUUUGUAGCUUUCAGUUCAGAAUUUGGGUCUUGGCAAGGCCUGUUUUCUCAUCCAUAAAUACAGAUUCAGCAGUCAUACAUUUUUUAAAGGGAAUAUUUUCUAAGUUUGCUGCAGUUGCAUGAAAUGACCUUUAGGUUGUGACUGGCCUAAGAUUCAUUAUCCCAUAAUGCAUAAGGUUUUCGGUUAUGUGGAUGUGAAUAUUUUUGGAAACAAAACCAAGUCUACUGUGAUUCAUGUGUUUAUGCAACUGACAGUUGGUAUUAUACAGCCUCCAUUCUGCUAAUCAGCCUUCAAACCUAAUUUUCUUUCCAAGUUGAUCGAAGUGUAACAGAAAUGUUCAGCUAUAGUUUGCAAUCGAUAGAAUUAUUUCACAUUUCCCAUCCUUUUGCCGAUUGAAUCAUAGCCUAAGGCAUGUGUACAGAUGCAAGGCAAUGCUUAUUAUUACUGUAGAAUUAGAUUGGGUUUGAAUCACUUUGAAAAAAAAAAAAAAAACUUUUUCCCCCCCCAGUGUUUACUUGUAAACACUGGAGACUGAGUUAAAUUUGAAGUGUCUAGUAAAUGUGUGAUGAGACUUUAUUUGAUAAUAUAUUUGAUUUGGGUACCAAAUCAAGCAGAACUAUUUAAUUUGGGAUUAAGAUAUAAAUCCAUAUAAAUGUAUAGGAAGUAUUUUAAAUGGCAGGUUAUUACAAAUGAACUCUUGUGAAACAUUUAAUCAGAAACUCAGUGUGUAAACUAAAUGUCACAUCUGCUUCAUCAGAACAGGAUCAAAGUGUCACUGCGAUGUUUUUCACAAAGGUUAAUGUCAGGAACAGGUUGUUCCACCAUUAUCACCAGCUGUCAUGACGCAUACAGAAAAUAUGGUAUGAAUAGAGGCUGGGGAGUAUGCCUAGGCAUAUAAUACUAUAUCUCCUGAUGGAGCCGGAACUGAAGCUUCAGAGGAUUUUAAUUGAACCCAAUUAACUUUUCUUGUAGCUGAAUGCUCUUAAUAUUACCUGCGUGAUUUUGUUUUCACAGCAAUGGCAAUAUUAACAUGUUCCCUCUAAAUAAGCCACCCUAUAGUUAAAAAAAUAAGUUUUUAUUUUUAAUUUCUGUCUUUCAUUUUUCAGUUUGUCAAUUCACCACUAGUGCGCAGGAUACAUGUUGAACGUCAGCCAGGUUGCGUUUGCAAAAACAAAAGUACUUGAGCCUGGGUCAAUAGGAAAGUCACACAACAGAAUUCCCAAUUGUUUGUGAGGUUUUGUCACGGCCCUGUGAUGGUUGAUGAUUAUUUUCAACAGGUGGCCCAUGCACAUCUGAGUGUGGGAGACUUUAAUGGUGCUUAUCUAAUAUUAGAUGAAUUGAGAUCUGGUUAUAGUUCAUAACUGCCAUUGGUACAUGGUUGUGUAUUGGUAGGCCCUGAGUACAGCGGGGGCUCUAGCAGGAAGGCCUUUGAGACCUUGGGUUCCACAUCUUGGUAUUCUGAAAUGCUUUAAUUCCAUACCAGAAAAAAACAUUACUGUUUGGUCUAAUGUAAGUCCCGGUUCUCUAAUUGUUUGUAACUCCAUAAAUUACCCCAAUAUAGUAUACAAGAGUUUGGUGAAAUACUUGCUUUUGAGACCCUUUUUGAGAAAAUAUUUUCAUUAUGGCUAUUGACAUUUCUCUACAACCAGAUGUUCAUUUUGAGUCAGUCUGUGAAACUGUUGUCAAUAGCAGCACAUUAAUGUUAUCUCAUGUUUAAGGGUCCUAUUUUGAUGUUCACUUAAAAAGAGACUGGUUUUUAACUUCACAACACUCCUAUACCCUUUUUGAUAACGUUUUUCAGAACAGUUGCUUCUGAGUUUGUGCUGUACGGUUUAUUUUCAGUGUGUUUUAAGCCUGCCACCUAAAAUUGAACUGGAUGAUUGAAAUAUGGGCUUCGUGCAUGUUAAUCGAUAAUGUGUUUCAAACGAAUUUUAGAUUUUAUGCCAGUGGCAUUUUUUUUUUUUUUUUUUUCAAGGAUAAUAUUUGGAAUGCACUUGAUAAUGUACGAUUUGUUGGUGCCAUUGCCCAUAUUCUGUUUUAGUUUAAUUUUGAAAUAACUUCUAACCGUCUAACCGAUAUUGUAAUAUAAAAAAAAAAAAGAAAUGUAGUCAGCUUUCUAUGUUAGGUGCUGUUUAAAACAUCUGUAUUCUUCCACUGACUUGUUCUUCAGCUCCAAGCACGCCACGCAGAACUGGACAACCAAUUUCACCUGACAGACGGACUUUCUGUGCCUGGGAACGACCAAAAAAAGCUUGUGUAAAGUCAUACAGGAGCCUUUCUGAUGAGGCAUGGAGAAAGUUUUCCAUGUAGUACUUGUGCAUUUUCACUAAGAAAGCAGCUUAAAAGUUGUGUAACUGCAUUUGUGAUGCCAGUUUCCCGUGUUUUAAAGUGGAAAAAAUGACCUUUUGCUUUGUGCUGUGUACACCUGAUUUCUGGGGAAAAAAAUAUAUUUGAGGAAACCGUCUGUGCACCUAUGCAGCUAAGAAGUAGCUGUUCACACAAAAAAAGUGCACACGCACUUAAUUGAUUUUGUUUCAAUAUCAAUAAAUUGUCUUUCUCUUGAGGAAAAAAAAAACAAAA